AUGCCUCCAUUCCUUCCGCGCAAACGUUUACGUUCACCAUCUCCAGAGUCAGAUUCUCAACCAGGUCCAUCAAAACAACAGAAAGGCAAAAGAAGUAAAUCAUCAAAAGCCACUCCACGAAAAUCUACAUUAUUUGAUGAUUUGGAUGCUGGAGCGAAAAGUCCUGAGGAUACCAAGGCAAUCUUACGCAAAAUUCAAGCUACAGAUGAAGAUGAUGAGAGUUCCUUAUCAUCUCUUUCCGAUGAUGAAUUCGAAGAUGUUCCAAAUACGAAUAGACAACCCAAUGACGAUGCGACGGAGAAUGAGGAUGAGGAUGAGGAUGAGGAUGAGGAUGAGGAUGAAGAUGAAGAGGAAGAUAUUGAAUUCGAAGAUGUCGACACAAAUAUAACAAAUAAGCCAUCUGCGAAUAUACCCACUGGAGAUCUCGAACUGACAUUAACGAAAGAAACGAGAAUAUCACUUACAAAUCCAUUGGGGACGAAGAAAGGACCCAGUAAAAUUGAGAGGGGAAUAAGAAUGGCUACACAUAAAGUCCAUGUGCAAAUGUUAAUGUGGCAUAAUGCGAUUAGAAAUUCUUGGCUUUGUGAUAAAGAAUUACAAGAUAUUUUGGUGGGAAAAUUACCGGAAACCAUUUUGAGGGAGAUUGAAAAAUGGAGAAAGGAUAGUGGUUUACAAAGUAAGGUGGAUGAUACUCCAAAGUCGAAUGGGAAAGGGAAAGGGAAAGGAGAAGGAAAGGUCACAAAAGGAAAAAAGGUCGAUAUUAGAAAUCAACGAGAUUGGGGACAACCUGCAGAAAGACAAGAAGCCGGUGAAAUCAAUAUGAGUCGUGGAGAUCCUAUAUUUCGACUUUUGAAAUUAUUGAUACAUUAUUGGAAGCAAAGAUUUAGAAUUGUCGCACCAGGUUUACGAAAAAUUGGUUACAUGUCACUCGAAAGACUUGAUCAAGAAUCGAAGAGUUUUCAAAAAGAUGAAUAUGAUAUUGAACGACAUGGGGAAAGGAUCAUUAAUUUACAUGAAUUUAGAAAAUGUGCUAAAUCUUUGGAAGGAAGUCGAGAUGUUGGGGCUCAAUUAUUUACAGCAUUAUUGAGGGGAAUUGGUAUUGAAUCAAGAAUGAUUGCUAGUCUUCAACCGGUAGGAUUUGGUUGGAAUAAGAAUGAGGAUGCUAUAGAGAAGAAGGAUAAGAAGAGAAGUGAAGUCGUUUUGAAGGAUGAUACAUCGGAUACUGAGAGUAGUGACGAAGAGCAUGUCUUGAAGCAUGUCUCGAAGCAUAUCUCGAAGCCUACAAAACCUACUACGACGCCGACUACCAAGCCUACCAAGCCUACGAAGCCCACCAACUCUACCACCACGCUCACAGCAAAACCUCCCCCCAAAUCCUCGAAGAAAAUAAAUGGAACAGAAAAAUCCACUCAGAAACCAAAAAACCCCACCAAAUCUACCAAUAAUUCAACAAGAAGAAGCUCCCGUGGAAAUGGACUCAAAGAUGCUCCAAUUGAUUUAUCAGAUUCCGAAGUUUCGAUGGUCAAUAAUGAAGAAGAAGACGACGAUGAAUCUGUAGUUGAUAUUACACCAGCAAAUCCUCGUAUACAACCUUCAAAAUCAUACGACAAAGAUCUUUUAUUUCCACAUUAUUGGACAGAAGUUUUAUCACCCAUCACCAAUACCUACACACCUAUUGAUCCACUCGUUCUGAAUGUCAUUGCCACCAAUUCCGAACUUCUUCAAAAAUUUGAACCUCGUGGUGCAAAAGCUGAUAAAGCUAAACAAGUUACGGCUUAUAUUAUUGGACAUUCAUCAGAUGGUACAGCGAAAGAUGUUACGAUUCGAUAUUUAAAAGGUCAUAUGUUACCUGGUCGAACCAAAGGAAAUCGAAUUCCAAUUGAGAAAGUUCCGAUUUACAGUUCGAAAGGAAAGGUCAAACGUUAUGAUCAAUAUGAUUGGUUUCAAACUGUCAUGAUUGGCUAUGUAGGAAGUAAGAAAUGUGAAAUCGAUGACCAUGAAGAAGCUACGGAUCUUAAAGCUAUUCAACCCAAGAAAAACAAGGAAGGAGAAAGUCUUCAAUCUUUUAAAUCCUCUUCGGAAUUUGUAUUGGAAAGACAUCUCAGAAGAGAAGAAGCGAUUCUGGAUACAGCAAAACAUGUCAAAAUGUUUACUGUAAAAUCAAAAGGUGAUAAUCCAACCGAAGAGAAAGUCUUUCUUCGAAAAGAUGUCGUCAGUUGUAAAACAUUAGAAGCAUGGCAUAAAGAUGGUCGAGCGCCUCUACCUGGUGCCAUCCCCCGAAAACGUGUACCAUAUCGAGCCGCAACUGCAAAUCGAAAACGUGAACUUGCAGAAGCGGAAUUGGAGAGUGGAGAAAAGAUGUUACAAGGUCUUUAUAGUCGUGAUCAAACGGAUUGGAUUAUUCCUCCACCCAUUGAGAAUGGGGUGAUACCGAAAAAUCGAUAUGGAAAUAUGGAUGUUUAUGUUCCAAGUAUGGUUCCAGUUGGUGCGGUGCAUAUUCCUAGAAGAGGUACGAAGAGAAUUUGUACACGAUUAGGGAUUGAUUAUGCGGAAGCGGUUACUGGAUUUGAAUUUGGUGCUAGAAUGGCUAUACCAAUUAUUACUGGCGUUGUGGUUGCUGAAGAGAAUUUGGAUCUUGUUAUGAAAGAAUGGGAAAAGGAUGAAAUGGAAAGAGAUAGGAAACGAGAUGAGAAGAUAACUAAGGCUGCGAUCGAGAUGUGGAGGAGAAUGUUAAUAGGACUUCGAAUUAUUGAAAGGAUGACGGAUGAAUAUGGAUAUGGUGGGGAGGAAGUAGAUGCGGUUAAUCCAUUUAAUAAUAAGAAGAAAGUAAAGGAGGUUGAUGGAGAUUUGGAAUUGGAAGAAAAAGCGAUGGAAAUGAAACAACAAGAUGAAGAAAUGGCAGGUGGAUUUUUUCCUGAUGGUUAUGAUGAAGAAGAACCGGAAGAAAAGUAUUCGACUAGUUUUUUUCCUGUUGUGGCUUCACAGGAUGAUGGAGAUGGUGGAUUUAUAGUGGAAGAUGAAGGAAAUGAGCUUGAUGGUAUUGAUGGAAUUAAUGGUGCCAACGAUGUUAAUGGUACUUCAUCAACGACUCCUCCAACAUUCCAAUUUAUUGGAAAUGAAAAUACCGCAACAAAUUCAACUUCGGAAGAUGAAUUAACAUCGGAGGAGGAAAUUCCACCCAAAACCCCUCAAGUUAUAAUUCCUGCACCAAUAUCUCGCAGUAGAGGAAGACCGACAGCAUCUACGAACCAAACUCUAGCUAAAGCAAAACCUACUCCAACCUCAAAACCUGAAGCUAAACCGAAGACACCCGCAAAACGAGUAGCUCCAAUAUCGAAGACUUCUAGUAAACGAAAAAGGAUACCGGAUUCGGAUAAUGAUGAUGAUGAGGAGGAGGAGGAGGAGGAGAAUAGUAAAUCUUCUUCACUAUCUGAUAUUGAAAUGGACGAUGGGGAGGAAGAGGAAGAAGUAAUAAAACCCCCUCUGAAAAAAUCAAUACCGAGGAAAUCGGUGACGAAAAAGAAAGGAAGGAUACCCGUAAUUUCUAGUCCAGCGACAAGAAAGACACCGAGUAGGAAUGCGAAGAGAGUGAGUGAGACGGGGACGAGGUCGAGAUAUUUUGAACAUGGGGAUAGUGGGGAAGAGUAG